GCCCGAAUUAAGAGGCAAAACGAGGACAGGGAAGUCUGAAGCGAAAGUCCGGGGGGCCAUGGUGAUGAAGAAGAAGAGCGUGCCCGAGUGGCUAAACAGCCCCCUCUGGUAUUCCAAGCCACCUGAUGAUCGCCCCAUCUCCCACUACAAUACAAAAACUCUAAGACCGGACUCUUCGCCGCCGCCGCCGCCGUCGCCGCCGCCGUCUCCCCCGCCGCCGUCGCCGCCGCCGUCUCCCCCGCCGCUUUCUAAAUCUCCUUCCCUUCCUGCGCUUCUCGGUUCCGAGAGAUCGGACUUACCCUCCGGCGAGCCGAGUCCAUGUCGUCCUUGGUUAGAGGAGGAACCCCGCGACUCGGAGCUCUUAGUCGACUUCCGGAUCACGUUGUCGAAGAGGGUCAUCAAUCUUGGGGAGGUGCGGAAAUUAGCGUGUCAGGGAGUUCCGCAUGCCGUGCGUCCGACAGUAUGGAAGCUUUUGUUGGGUUAUUUUCCACUUGAUCACACAUUAUGGGCACUUGAAUUGGAGAAGAAGAUGAAGCAGUAUAAUAAGCUUAAAGAUGAUUUACUGCUAAACCCCUCAGAAAUCACGCGUAGAAUGGAAGCUUCAGCUGCCACAAAAACUGAAGAGUUAGCUAAUGAAAACAUUGGCUUGCUUUCAAGGUCAGAGAUAAAGCAUGAAGAUCAUCCUUUGAGUCUUAGUAAAACUAGUGUAUGGAAUCAAUACUUUCAGGAGGCUGAGAUUCUGGAACAGAUUGAUCGAGAUGUAAAACGUACUCAUCCAGAGAUGGAUUUUUUUUGUGGAGACUCUCCUAUUGCAAAGACUAAUCAGGAAGCUUUAAGGCGUAUACUUAUUAUCUUCACAAAAUUGAAUCCUAGUAUAAAAUAUGUACAGGGAAUGCACGAAGUUGUAGCACCUCUCUUCUAUGUCUUUAGGAAUGAUCUAGAUGGCACUAAUGCGACCUUUGCAGAGGCCGACACUUUUUUCUGUUUUGCCGAACUACUCAAUAUUUUCAGGGAUAACUUCUGCAAACAACUUGACAAUAGUGUCGUUGGCAUCCAGUCUAAAAUGGAGAAAUUAUCACAGCUUCUGAAAAGACAUGAUGAAGAGCUUUGGAGACAUUUGGAAGUCAUAACAAAAGUAAGUCCUCAAUUAUAUGCUUUUAGAUGGAUUUCAAUACUAUUGAUGCGCGAGUUCAACCUUACUGAGUGUCUGCAUAUCUGGGAUGUUCUUUUAAGUGAUCCAGAAGGCCCACAAGAAACAUUGCUGCGAAUUUGCUGUGCUAUGUUGAUACUUGUUCGAAGGCGUCUUUUGGCGGGUGAUUUCAUUGCUAAUCUCAAGCUCUUACAAAAUUUUCCAAACACAAACAUCAGCCAUAUCCUCCAUAUCGCAAACAAACUACGAGGGCCAACAGUUGACUAACAGCUGUUUGUUUGUUUUUUUUUUUGGAUUUCUUAUUAUCUUUUAGCACUUGGGUCAGUCAAAUAUUAACCAUGUGGUAUAUCUUUUCAUAAGUAGUGGAUUUAAGGCGUUCAGUGGUUUAA